AUGCUUUGGCAGAAAGCGCACGACGUGGCAGCUCGACUCCAGAGCUCUGACAUCGAGGCGGAUGCUUUCUCCUUGAACGAGCUGCUGACGUGCAGUCGCUGGAGGAUGGGGAUGCAGCUGCCUACAGCGCUGAAGGUUCAAUUGACGCCAGUUACUUGCGCCAGCCUCCUCUAUGCCUGUGAAUGGCGAGUCGCGGUGCACCUCCUCUUCUCCGUAAAGGAGGCUGCCCUGGAGACAAGCACAAUGAACUUCAAUGCUGUGACCAGUGCCUGCAGCAGGGCGAGUGCUUGGCGCAACACUUUACUGCUUGCGUCGAUGCUGACUAGGCGCUUCUCGGCAGACUUGAAGAUGGCUAGCAGCACGUUGGCUGCUUGCGGUGCUUCUGACGAGUGGGAAAGGGCACUGUCUUUGUUCUUCGAGCUGCAGACGGCGAAGCUGUCGAACGCUUUCACCUACGGAGCAGCCAUUUCCGCGUGCGGGCGAGGAGGUUGCUGGCUUGAGGCAUUCUGCCUGCUUGAGGAGGCGGCCGCAUCCGAAAUUGAGCCGGACGACGUGAUGUUGAAUUCUGCGAUCUCUGCCUGCCGUUCCGAGUGGGCCGCCGCAAUUGCGCUUCUCCAGCGCUUCUUUUCGCAGAACAUCCGUCCAACUGUCACCACCUACUGUGCAGUUAUGACGGCAUGCGAUCGUUGUGAGCAGCCCCGGAAGGUGUUGUCGGUAUUUGGUGCCUGCGUGGCCGACGUGCAGCCCAAUGCAGUGGCAGUCAGCCUUGGCCUCCGUGCUUGCGACGCUGGGGGUUGGUGGCAUGCUGCAAUGAGGCUGCUGCAUGAAGCCGCGGAGGCGAUGGUGGAGCUAGACGGCCAGUCCUUCGAUGCAGCUCUCGGCGCAUGCCGCGCCGGUUACUGGCGCACGGCCAUGAUGCUUCUUGCCGGCGCUGAGAGGAACAGGCUCAAAACGGAGGCUGGAGGCUGGUCAGCCAUCGUGACCACCUACUGUCGAGCAGACUGCCAUCAACAACUGAGGUCUCUGAUGAGUAGCCUGCGAAGCAAGGCAUCAAUUCGGCUUCAGCGGGUCGGAAGAUGA